CUGGAGCUGAAGGUUGCGCCGCGGACAGGAGCUGAACAGCGGCGGCGAUGUUCGGCAACAGCUGUUACUUUGAGCAACCGGCGAAAUGAUCCAGAGCUGGGAACAGUGAUCGAAUCCGAUGCGGGAAAAGGCAUAGCGAGGUCUGCUGCUGGGAGCUGCACUUGGGACAACAAAGAUGUUGUGGGAUUUCACCAGAGCUAUCUAUUUAAGUCUCCUCGGGGCACUGGUGACUGCUGACUCACUCUGUAUCCAUCUGGAGGAGCUUCACAAUAAGCUGCAGUACAGACAACGGGUCAAGUACAUGAAAGAUUACCUUCCAAUUAGCUACUCCGUUCAAGUUCACUACGAAGAUAUUUAUCGAACGAUAAAUGUUACUCGAAUGAGAAACAGAGGUUUUACUGAAGUCGAUCUGAAGUUGUUAUGGAUUUACAUCAAUUCUCAAGUGUUGGAGACAGUCCUUGAAGUUCUUCCAAAAAGACACCCUUCAAGAGCUUAUGUGGAGGAUAUUGCCAUGCUGUUUACUUACCUGAGGCUGGGUGUAGAAGAAAUGAUUGAAGACAUUGAGGAUGAGCGGGUAGAGGAAAUACUCUAUCGAAUCAGUGACAUGGACGCGGAGAGCAGGAGGCGGCGAAUCCGGCCCAAGGCUUUGUUCGACAACUGUUACCGAGUAUUGAAACAGAUCUUCCACUGCAACUGGGUUCCUUGAGCAAGCCACCCAACUCCUGCAUCAUCGCCGCUUGAAAGAAAGGCACCUGCUUUUCCAGGUUUUACAAUCCCUUGUUGACAUCAGAAGCAUCCGAGAUAGUUAUGCCUGCUCUCACCCAAGUACUCGUGUGGAGAUGCAGGACUGGGUUGCCAAUGGCUGAAGGAUCACAAUGGACUUAUUGAUGAGGACCUGUGGACAGUGACCAGUUUGCUAACUCCUCCCCACCCACCCUACCGUUCCUUUUGGUUUUAUUUCUUUUGUAAUUAUUUAACCCGGUCAAAUCCCAUUGUGACUUUCUGUCCGUACACUACAAACGCCAAGUUCGAUAGUUCCAUCCUCCACUUGCCUUGCCAACCGCUCAUGGAACUCUUCUGUGAUUCAGGAGACCGGUGUAUCCAAUUCUGCGUCAUGACCAGAAUCAUUACAGUGCACAAGACAAAAGAGGAAGCCAAAAUAAUGGAACUCUCUGAAGGAGUAAUGUUUGCGGCUCAUUUGGACUUGGACAUCGGGUAAUGCGUGGCAGAGGGCAUGGGCUGGAGACUGGAGCCUGGCAAUUUAGUGAGAAGGACCCGUCUAUCCAUUCAGAUACUGGGAGAAAUCACACAAUUAACCACUUGAAGCAAAAAUCCCUUAAUAAAUCACUGCAGAGACCUUCUCAUUGUUAUCCAGCACAGACAUGAGAAACCUCGACAGCCUCAAACCCGCUGCAAGGAGCUUCCUUGGAAAUUUUAAUGCCAGAGGUGCAGGAAUUUCUUGCAUCCACUUCUACUAUAACGGACUGUCCGUGAUGUUGGAGACUCGGAGAUAUUGUCUGCAUGUGUCACUGCCCAGUAAAACGAUCAUUCCAUAUAAUCUUUCUACCUACAGUUGGUGAUCAGGUGAUGUACUGAAUAAUAAAUGUCUGAUUGCUUCUAAUGUCUUACAUUCUGUACGACGCUGUGACUCUGGGCUGUUUGCACAGCCAACGUGUGUACUUAAU